UUUAUACAGAUAUAUCUAUAUGUGAAUAACUUAACCAGGUUUGCUUUGCGCAUUAUCACAGAGCAGUUCACAUAGUACUAGCAUUGAAAAUUCAAAUUGCGUUUUAAAUUAAAAUUAUAUUAUAUUUAUAUUUAAAUAAAAAGAAAUAAAGGAAUUUUUAUUAAUUCUACGAUGAUGUAAGAAAAGUCAGUGCAAUAUGAAUUAUUCAUGAUAAAUAUAAAAUUAUAUUCACGUAUUUUUAAUUAAUAAAAUUGCUUGAUUACUUAAUCUGAUUUAACUAAUACUUAAGCAAAAAUAAUUCCUUUUGUCUUAUAAUUAAAAUAAUUUUGUUUUGUCUAAACAAUAAAAGUAAUUCAUCACUUGAUGAACCGCUAACUGAAUAUAACAAUUACAUAUGAUUCUUCUCUUUUUUGGAAAUAAAAUAAAAAUAUAGUAGAAAAAAAAUAUUUAAAAAAAAAAAACAAUAACUGGCAGUUGUGUUGCUCCAUGCCUUAAAUCUAAACUUAAUAAGUUUUAAGUAGAUGCUAAAGAUUUGUCAUUUUUCUGUUAAGUUCUCUAUCUUAAAUAAAAUUACUAAUUUGUGUGUGUGCGUGUGUAUAAAAUGUAAAAAUUAUGAAUUUAUAAAAUAAAAAAUAUCUAAAUCUCUUUCUAGACGAAAAGUUAAUUAACAAAUAUUGCAAUUAAGCUAUCACGAGUAAACAACAAAGCUUUCGCAUCAACAUGAUGUGCAUAUUAUUUCGUCCACCGAAACGAUAAAUUGGGUGAAGAAACGCGCAGUUUGUAAUUGCGUUAACCGCCAGCCUCGCGGCUGCCGCAGAUGAUAAGUGGCCGCUUCCUAUUUCAUUUCAAAUGCAAAGUUCCACCUAUAAAAGCAUGCCACGCGGUUUAGUCGAAGAAACGCUCACGGCAGUGCGCUCCUUCGCCGACGUCGGUACAACGACUGCGGGUUGCAAAGUGUGAUUCACGGCAGUGUGAAUUUUAUCCGUAGUGUACUGAUAACAGAGAUAACGACGCGUGAAUAUCAUGUGUACUUCGCUUACAAACUUAUCAGUUACGUAGCGAUUUUAGAAACAGAUUCAUCAUCGUUCAUCAUGGUUCGCGAUCGUAUGCCUGAUUUGCAUGCCAGACGAAAUAACAGCAGUACCUUUGGCAAAGGGUUCCUGCAGGAAGUGCACCUUCAAAUAGCCCAUAAUAAGAAACUGAAGGAACUGCUCGACGAAGCCGAGGAAGUGCGCGUUCUGAUCAAUCUCAUAGCCGAAAACGUUUCCAUCGUAAAGGAAUUGCACAACAAUGUUCUGUCGCACACGAACAAAGACAUACAAAGGGAGCUGGAGACUCGCACGUGCACGAUCUCGCAGACGGCUUUUCGCGUGCAACGAAUGUUACGAGACAUAGGAAAGGAUAUCGCUUCUAUUGAAGACUUGACUGUAGCUGACACACAAGAUGGAUCUGCAUAUACGAGAAUUAAGAUUUUGCAAUAUACAACCAUGUUUCAACUGUUUUCUGAGAUUAUGCAGGAUUACAAUGAAUCAUUAUUAAGAUAUCAUGAUAAGUGUUUAUUGCUGCUGCAGCAGCAACGUUCACUAUUAAGGCGUGAAGUUACCAGUCAGGAGCUAUCAGACAUGCUUGAUGCUCAAGAAACCAGCUUGUUUGUCGACAAUAUUUUAGAAGACAGCAAAAUAGCGAGACGACAAUUAUCAGAUAUACAAAGUAGACACGAUGAUGUCCUGAAGUUGGAAAAAUCUCUCAUAGAAGUCAGAGACAUAUUCGCGGAAAUGGCAUUUUUAAUCGACAAACAAGGGGAACAAAUUAAUAAUAUAGAAUACUUUGCCACUAAAACAACGGACAACGUCGACGGCGGGCGUGUUCAACUAAAAAAAAGAGAAAAAAAGAGUCACAGAUAUAGAAAGAGGAAAAUCAAGAUCGGUAUCAUCUUAAGCGUGAUAAUAAUAAUAUUUCUUUUAUUUAUUGCUGUGUCAUUUUAAACACUAUAGUGUCUGAUAAAGACAAAAAUCGUAGAAGUCUCGUAUAAAAAUAGCGUAUUGUGAUAUUUCAACGUUACAAACAUGAAUAAAUUUUCUAAUAUAAACUUA